CUACCCCGUAAACAUUUACUGUGCCUAGCAACUGCCUACCAAAGAGGUCAGUACAGCAUGAGGACAGGCAUUUCACAGCAGAGAAGCCGGUGAGCUCCUUCUAGGCCAGGGAGCCAGGGCCAGCACGGCAGGGGCCCCUUAUUCAGUUGUCAUGACGUUGGACUCCUCGAUGGCGGAUCAGAUGACCCGGCUGAGGUUACGACUCCUGGAACAGAUGCUGGAGCAGGAACGAGAAAGCAUGGACAGAGCAGGACAGCAGGAUAAGCCAGACACCACACUGCAGAGUGCUUUGAGGAGGAGGAAGGACCUUCUACAGAGACUCUGGGAGCAGCAGAUGAUGGACGAACGCUCCCCAGCCCUUGCCUGGAGGACACACGGAAGAGCCGCGGUGCCAACCCCGAACCCAGAGGUGCCUCCCAUAGAUGCCUUCCCUGCUGCCUCCCCACCUUUGCCUCGACCCCCAGAGCCACCAAGAAUCAUCCAGCACCCGGCCCCCCAGGCUCCUGCCACCAUCAUUCAGCAGCUACCACAGCAGCCACUGAUUGCACAGAUUUCCCCCCCUCAGGCCUUUCCCACUCAAAGAUCAGGAAGUAUUAAGGAAGACAUGGUGGAGAUGAUGCUGAUGCAGAACGCACAGAUGCACCAGAUCCUCAUGCAGAACAUGAUGCUCAAAGCCCUGCCCCCUGGGCUCACAGGGCCUCGUGCUGCUACCCUGCAGGACCAAAGAUGGAUGCACCACGGAGCCCCGAGAGCGGAAAAGCAGAAGCCGGCCCCGGUUCACCACCACCACCACUAUGCGCCCACCACUCAGCUGCAGGCUGCCUCCGUGCCUGGCGCCCCUUCAGGUUAUGCCGGGUGGCCUCCAGUGGUAGCCGCCACUGCGCUCCCACAAGCAGCCAGCUUCUUGCCCACUGUGAGCCACCUGACUGAGGCCUCGACCUCCCAUCCUAGCUACCCUUAGCACGCAAGUGCGGAGGGACAAAGCUAAUGUCUUGCAGCAGGUAAGCGGAAAGAUGGCGCCCGGUCCUCUCUCGUCAUCCCAGGCCAAAGAGCACAUGCACACCCUGCGGUCAGGCGCUGUGGUUAAUUUGAAGGAGCCAGACAAAUUUUCAGUCCACUCAUGGGGCUGCAGGUUGCGGGUGUCAGCCCCAGUCGCCAGCCACGUGAAUCUCGGUCACCCUCUGGAAAAGUUAUGUGAUAGGUUUUUUUGACAGCCCAGAAGGGCUGGUCUGAUAGGGUGUCCAGCCCCGAGAGCUGCACAGAAAAAAAUGUGCUGCUUUUCCAGGCGUGUGGGACCAUUCACCGGUCUCAGUAAGUACCAUGGCCUGACCAACCUUGGUUACUCUUCAGGGCCAUCUGAGAACGCUAGUGAAUAGACGCGACAGCCAGGCAGAAUACAAACAUUUUAUUAGGAAAAAUGACUUGAGAUGAAAAUAGAACAUUAUAGCGACAUAUACAUUUUGUCAUUCCAAGGAAGGCUGGAAUACAGGGUCAAUUGAGGCUGGAGAUAUAGCUUAGUGGUAGACAGUUUGCUGAACAUGUAUGAAGCUCUGUGUUAUACCCUUGAUACACAUGCCCACACAUGAAGCAAGGGGAAGACACGUUUGUUGGCCAUACCUGGAAUGACCACUUCAUUUUAAUGUGAAAGAAGCGAGCUGAAGAACUUGUGAUGUGACAUCAGUUGAAAUAUACAGGGCUGGGCUGGAGAGAUGGCUCAGCAGUUAAGAGCACUGACUGCUCUUCCAGAGGUCAAUUCCCGGUAACCACGUGGUGACUCACAACCAUCAGUGAUGGGGAUCCGAUGCCCUCUUCUGGUGUGUCUGAAGACA